AUGGGCGCCCCCGCCGGGGUCGAUAACACCCAGCGACGACGAUGGGAUCGCGACGUCUACGCCGCGCGCGCGAUCGAGCGCGAGGGCGCGGCGACGGCGCGCGAGGGCGAGACGACGCGAGCGAUUGGACGGCGCGCGUCGAGGGGGGGGGGGCUGAUGAUUCGGGACGAUUUGCGCCUCGAUAACGUCAUCGCGCGCGAUUACGAACGUGAUUUGGCCUCGCGCGUCGGGUCGAGGCAGAUCGUGAACGCGGAGACGGGGGCGGGGAUGGGAUUUCAAUGCGCGGAGACUGGGGCGAUUUUACACGACUCGAGCGCGUACCUGGACCACAUCAACGGGAAGAAACAGAUGAAGGCGAGAGGGGUGUCGAUGCGGGUCGAGCGGUCGACGGUGGAACAGGUCAAGGCGAAGUUUGAUGAGGUGAAGAAGCGGAAGGCGGCGGCGGCGAAGAACGAAGGGAAGGGGUUCGAGGAACGGUUGGCCAUCGCGUACGAGGACGAAGACGCGGCGCGGGCGCGGAAAAAGGCGAAGGAGGCGGCGAAAAAGGCGAAGAAGAAGGCGGAGGAGGAGGCGAAGAUGGCGGAGCUCGGAGGUUUGGAUCCCGAGAUGGCAGCCAUGAUGGGAUUCGCGGGAUUCGGCGGCGGGAAAAAGUAG